AUGGCGGCGAAUGUGCAGACCUUCAUGGAUUUCACGGGGGCAUCCGCAGACCAGGCGGCUGCAUUCCUUGAAAUGGCCGGUGGGGAUGUGGAGACUGCCGUGGAAAUCUACAUGACUAGCCAAGGUGAUGAGCCAAUGACUGGUGUAACAGAGCCGGAGGCGAUCCCCAUGCAGCAGGAUCUGCCCUCUUGGUGGAGUGCCGUUUGGCCGACAGCGGAAGAGCCUCCGGAGGCGUGGCGUCUCCAGCGCUUGGACAGUGGAGGUGGCUGGGCUGGCGGAAUCCCACAGCCAAAGAAUGGACCUUGUGGUGUCCUCGCUGUGGUUCACGCCUUGAUCUUGGCCGGGCAGCACACGCGGGCAACCGAAGUGCAGGUCAGUGCAGAGGCUGCUGCUGAAGUCAUUGCACAGAUUCUGGUACGAUGCCGCUGUGAUGGACCUGUCCGCCUUUGCAGACCAAAGCGGCGAGGAGAUUAUUCGCCGACUUCUGAUCUAGAAAUCACUGAGCUUCCAGAUGCCGCGGUGGGCCAAGAGGUGCGGGCGCGCAUUGCUGAUUUUCAAGCUCCUGGGGGCAUCAUUGACCUGAUGUAUUCUGCGAUUUUCACACGAGGUGUAGAGAAAGUGAGGGAAGAAGUCUUGGCGGAGGGUGGAGAGCUUCCUCUCGUCCCCAAGCAGUUCAACUGCUGGCUGUGCAGCAUCGAGUUGAUGUCCUUGCUUCUGCGGGGAACUGCACACGGCAACGUGGGAGUCUUCCAUGCCGACGGUAGCACGAACAAAACCUGGGAGGGUUUCAACACCGUCGGCAUUCUAUCCCGCAGCGAGAAGGAGAAAGGUAUUCCGAUGGCUGAUGCUUUGAAGAGUCCGACCACCCCGGUUUGGAUUUUACACGGUGGAGAUCACUUCACUGUAGCCUGGGCUGCAGCUGCAACGCCGGCUGCGCCUGGGAGCCAGUUCACGCUUUAUCAUUGGAACGGUCUGCCUCCAGGCGGGCCGCGCCUGGCCGAGCUGAAGGUGAACGCUUGCAAGGGUGCAGUGGCGACCAAGCCACCAAAGUUCUACAAGCCCGAGCCUGGUGAGAUUGAAGAGGUUGUGCAGGCAGAUCCUGAAGACAAGAAGAAGUCUCCGGGAAAGUACCGGGAGUGGCGCUUCGAGGUCAUGCUCGCCUUCGACCGCCCGGACUUGCAAGGGGAGCAGCGACCAGAGGACGAGCCACUGGAGCCGAAAUUCGACCAGCAGGAUGCCCGAUAUCAGCGAGAAGGUGCCUGGAGAUGCUGCCUCUGCUACGACCGCAGGUUCAAAACGAUGGACUUUGCCCCGGUCCCCGCGGACAGUCCUGACUGGUGUCCCAAGUGUCAAAAACCCCGCAAAGAGUGCGGAUGGUCACUUUGGAUUCCAUUCGCGGAUCUGCCGCCAAAAAGACAGGCUGCAGUCAUGGACUCGCAUGCCAAGAAGAUCGAGACAAUUCUUUGGACCAAAUGGCCCGAAGCGAGUAUCGAAGCCAUCGGAGAGCUCCCGGACUGUUGA